AUGGACCCUCAACAAUUGACACCUGCACUGUCCGUCGACGACUCACCAUCCCUAUCCGACAGCGAAGCUUCAUCCGGCAUUCCAGCAGAACAAGUAGACAUAAUCAGAAGCAUCGUCGACAAAUGGCACAAGAAGCCUUUACAAAUAGCAAACGACAUAGUCUCAGCAUUGGAGGGCGGCGACCACACCCACAUCCCAUUGAUCGUCCGCAACGGCGACAACCAAGAAGUAGUAAUCUGGGCCAAAUGCGACACGGGCGCAUGCGCAAACUUCAUCACCAUGGCUCUAGUCCGCAAACUCAAACUCGAAUACAACCUCCAAAAGAUCGACGACUACGAAGCUGCUCAAAACCUCGAGUCCAGUCCUCGUGAUCACCUAGGUGUUGGGUUGAUCAAAAAGGUCUGCAGUUUUGAAGACAGAGAAGUCAGUAUUAAUUAUGUGUUACCUAUUACUUUUCAGACUGGAAAGUUUAGGAAGCAGCAUGAGAAGGUGGAGUUUGAGGUGCUGGAGAUUGGUGAUGGGGUUACCAGUCCUGCUUCUAAUGAGAGGACGGAUCUUUUCCUUGGUGCGAGUUGGUUGUUCAAGAAUGAGGUGUUUAUGUUGAGGAAGAGCUAUUAUGUGGAUCCACCAAAAGACCUGCCGGUUGUUGAGACAGUACCGAGUCAAGACUCUGAGUUGACACCAAUCGGUAGACCUGCAAGCAGUGUCUAUAUUCCAAGGGGUACUCCUUCGAUCAGGCUCAACGCCAGUCCAGCACCUCCUAGGCUUCCGAGAGGACGCAUGGCAUGA